UCCCUCCACCACCCAAUCACGCAUUCAUUCAUUCAUAAUAUCAAAUUUAAAAUUCAAAUUUUCGUAGUAUCAACUGCUAAUCCACAUUUCAUACCCAAAGAUUUCCCAAAAUUCAAAUCCAAUUCUCGCAAUUUCAUACCAGUCAAGAUAUUCCCAAUUUUCACACGAGAUUUCCGGUUUUCCUAAUUACGCGUUUAGUCCCGUAGAAAAUUCUCACCAUUUCUUUUUUCAGUCAAACAUAUUAACUCUAGAAUUUCUACUCUCCUUCCUUUUCAACUCUCUGCAUUUGUUUUCUUGAUUGAUAAACGGUGUUUGGUUGCUGAGAAAAUUACUGGGUUCUCAAGGAUCAUCUCUGCAAAAAGGUGUAAUUGGAAAGCUCUUGUGGGUUUUUUGAAUUGGGGCAAACGAUGGGUGGGGUGUGCUCGGGCGGGGUGUCUGGUAUGGAAAAUCCCGAUCACGGCGGAGGGAAAAGUGCUGGAUUUUCCGGGAAACUCAGGUCGGUGAAGAGCAUCGGCAAGAACAAGGAGAAUUCUAGUCCUUCAUUUUCCGAAGGAAUUGCUCCGCGGAAAACACCGAACAGGUUUGAUUCCGGCGAGCUGCAGUCUUCAGUUUCCCGCGAAUUGAAGCCCUCAACUCCGGCUAGGACUGCUAUUAGCAAGGUUACCCCGAAGAACUCGUUCAUAGGAAAGGCUGGCAUUGUUGGCCUGGAGAGGGCAGUAGAUGUUUUGGAUACGCUCGGAAGUAGCAUGUCGAAUUUGACUGUCAAUAGCGGAUUUCUUGCUGGCGGGGUGUCUAGAGGCAAUAGGAUCUCUAUAUUGUCGUUUGAAGUAGCUAAUACAAUCACCAAAGGUGCAAACUUGCUCCAAUCUCUAUCAGACGAAAACGUCCAGUUUCUAAAGAAAGAUGUUCUACAUUCGGAAGCUGUACAAAAAUUAGUUUCUAAAGAUAUGAAGGAGUUGCUACGCAUUGCCGCUUCUGACAAAAGGGAAGAGCUUGAUGUUUUCGCACGUGAAGUAAUAAGGUUUGGAGACUUGUGUAAAGAUCCACAGUGGCAUAGCCUGGGUCGAUACUUGUCAAGACUAGAUUCAGAUGAUGAUUUAGGGUACGAACAACUAAGAUCAGAGGUAGACAUGACGAUGCAGGAAUUGACCACUCUUGCUCAGCAUACUUCUGAAUUAUACCAUGAGUUAAAUGCAUUGGACAGAUUUGAACAAGAUUACCGGAGAAAGGUGGAGGAAGCAAAAACCUUGCAUCUCCCUCCAAGAGGAGAGACUCUGAUGAUGUUGUUAAGUGAUGUAAAACAACAAAGAAAGAUUGUAAGAAGCUUGAAAAAGAAAUCUCUUUGGUCUAAAAAUUUGGAUCAGAUUGUCGAGAAACUUGUUGAUAUUGUUACUUAUACACAUCAAGCAAUCUUGGAAGCAUUUGGACAUAAUGGUCUGACUUUGGUUAGUGCGGACAAGAGCAAAGAUCCUCAAAGACUAGGAGUAGCUGGUCUUGCGCUACACUACGCUAACAUGAUCAACCAAAUUGAUAACAUUGCGUCCCGACCAACCUCCCUCCCACCAAACACACGGGACACAUUAUAUCAAGGUCUACCAAUUACUGUUAAACAAGCUUUACGAUCCCGAUUGCAGACUCUUGAUGCCAAGGAAGAGCUCUCUGUUCCUCGGGUCAAGGAAGAAAUGGAAAAGACUCUCCAUUGGCUUGUUCCAGUUUCCACAAAUACGACCAAAGCACAUCAAGGCUUCGGGUGGGUUGGAGAAUGGGCGAAUUCUGGUCCUGAGUUUGGUAAGAACGGAUCCUCACAAGUUAACCUGAUCCGCCUCCAGACGCUAUAUCACGCAGACAAGCAGAAGACGGAUCUCUACAUCCUCGAACUAGUCACAUGGCUUCACCAUCUGAUCAACCUUGUAAGACAAGGAGAUCAUGGCGUGAAGCCUUUGCAUACGCGGUCUCCAACUCGUAAAGGGUUGGACAUUCACUCCAACAUGCAGCAGUUUCUAACCAAGACCUACGACACCAAGUCCCAAAAAGUCCAACUCUCGGAAGAAGACCGGAACCUGUUAGACGAGGUGAUCGGGAGAAUGAGAAGGGUUCCCGGGAUCAGUAAGAGUCAGGAGUUUUCGAUUGCCGAGAGGAAAAGAAGAGGAGUUUUGGCUUUGAGCAAGAGCACGGGGAGUUCCCCUUCAAGGGAGCUGGGUUCAAGGUGUAGAAACUUGCUUAAGCGAAAGAGUAAUGCUUUGGAUGUCAUGGACGGCUUAGAUUCAAUAUACUCAGAGUCUUCAGUUUCAAAUUUUUUAUAAAUAUUUAUAUUUCUCUGUAUAUAAUCUUCAGAUGAUUAGGGUUAUUGUAUAUAUGUACCACCUAUACAGAAAUGGAGUUAUUUUAUGUAGCUCAUGAGAGUGACUUAUAUACGGAAAAAUUAAUGUGAUACUGAAAUACGAUUAUGUGUUAA